AUGGCAGCCUCAGCUUCAAUGGUGGCUUCAUCAUUGACCUUGAAACCUUCGUCCCCUUUCAUUGAGAAGGCAUCAGCUUCAGUGAGUGGCCUUCCCAGCCUCACCAGAAAGUCCUUCAAGAUUGUUGCCAGCGGUAUCAAGAAGAUCAAGACUGACACGCCCUAUGGAACCGGUGGUGGCAUGGACCUCAGGGGUGGUGUUGAUGCCUCUGGCAGGAAGCCCACGGGAAAGGGAGUGUACCAAUUCGUCGACAAGUACGGUGCCAACGUCGAUGGCUACAGCCCCAUCUACAACAAAGAUGAGUGGGCACCCACUGGUGAUGUCUACGCCGGAGGAGUGACUGGAUUGGCGAUCUGGGCAGUGACAUUGGUUGGGAUUCUAGCAGGAGGAGCUCUCCUUGUCUACAGCACCAGUGCUUUGUCUCAGUAAUUAAACAGUUCCGUUAAAGGGAUCAGAAAAGUGAAGAGACACACUGUCAGUGUAAUGAUUAUCAUCGCUCUUUCUAGCGUAAGCAUUAGCUUCGUCGCCAACUACGUAGAUGCACGAGAACAAAAAGACCAGUUGUAUGUUUGUGUAUUAAUUGUGAUUGCGGUCUUCUCAUGAAAAUACAUUGAUACUACUUUGUGUUCAAUAAUUUUGUGCUUUGGUCAAACUUGGCAGUAAACUUGUUUUUGAAGCAACUAAAGCUACUCACUCAAAUGAAUCGACGUCACUAGCUUACAGGUGCAAAUAUGUUACAGGCAAAACCUGCUCAAGAUGAAGAACUACUUUGAACUUCCUGCUUAGCAGGGCAUUGAGGAAUGAAUCAUUCACCCAAGUAAACUAUUUGAAGUCUAAAUGAUCAAACCUACAUGCUUGCCGAAUAAAUUGAAAUAAUGGGCACCAUUUACUAAG